UGAGUCUACGUGGUUCUCAUGCUGUGGUUAAAUGCGCAGCUCUGCCCAGCAGCGGCUCAUUAUUAGUCAGUUUGUGUGAGUCCAGAUUUGCUCCGAGAAAUCAUGGCAGAAGAAACCGCUCCAGCAGCUGCCGCGACCAAAGCGGCCAAGAAGAAAUCAGCAGUUAAACGCAAGAGAACAGGCCCAAGCGUCGGUGAGCUGAUUGUCAAGACUGUGUCCGCAUCUAAGGAGAGGAGCGGUGUGUCCCUCGCUGCCCUGAAGAAAGCGCUCGCUGCCGGUGGCUACGAUGUGGAGAAGAACAACUCCCGCGUCAAGAUUGCCGUUAAGAGUCUGGUAUCUAAAGGUACCCUGGUCCAGACCAAAGGGACCGGCGCCUCUGGCUCCUUCAAGCUCAACAAGAAGCAGGCCGAGACCAAGACAAAACCUGCUAAGAAAGCUGCUCCUAAAGCCAAGAAACCCGCAUCCAAGAAACCUGCUGCCGCUAAGAAGCCCAAAACUGCAGCUGCAAAGAAACCCAAAACUGCAGCAGCAAAGAAGGCCGCCGCUAAAAAAUCACCGAAGAAGGCGAAGAAACCAGCCGCUAAAAAGGCAACAAAGAGCCCCAAGAAAGCAAAGAAACCAGCGACUCCUAAGAAAGCAGCAACUCCUAAAAAAGCAGCCAAGAGCCCUAAAAAGGUAAAGGCAGCCAAACCCAAAACGGCGAAACCUAAAGCAGCCAAGCCUAAAAAGACAGCAGCAAAAAAGAAAUAAACUCAGCCCUUUACCCCAUGUGUUUUAUCAAAAAGGCUCUUUUAAGAGCCACCCACUAAUUCAUAGUAAAGAGCAUUAUUUCAUCGGUCGACUGUUCAAUUAAAGUGUAAUUGUCUUUCCUAUUACAAGUGAAAGCAAAAAGCAAAUUAAUGGGCUUGAAAUGUUCAUGUUUUGCAAAUGCAUUAAUGUAUGUUGAUGUUAUUGAUGAAGUGAAGUUUCUCUAGUAUGUUUACGUUUUUAUACCAGUAAAAUAUUAAACUAUUCUACUUUAUGACCAACAUGUUUAACUUUUAAUCACUAUUAUUAUUUAUUAAUUAAAACUACACAAUAAGGUAAUGGACAAGAAAUAAAAAAAUGAAAAAAGUUUCAAGAAAACACAUUAAAAGGAAGCUAA